AUGGCUUCUGGUACCUCGUUGCUAUGGCACCCAAACUCUAUGGGACACUAUAUCUACUACCUGAACAUAGUUUUGCUCAUCGUCUCAAUAAUUUUGAUGUUGUUGAGACUGUAUGUUCGGAAAACAAUAAUCAAGAAACUGGGCUGGGUGGACCUGGUGGCCAUAUUAGCAUGGGCAUUCUGCAUUGCUAUGUCCGCACUUGAGAUCGAUAAUACGCACUAUGGCACUGGCGCUCAAAUCGAAGAUAUAUCCCCAGAUACGUUUUCGGAGUUUUUCAAGCGUCUUGCCAUCCUAGAACUGGUGUAUUUCUUUGCAUCAGGUGCUGUGCGACUAUACAUCUUGACUGUUAUCUCUCGUCUGAACAAAAGCAGGAUGUAUGUCUGGAGCAUUUACGCUCUUGCUCUUAUCGUCGUCGUCACCAGUCUGACGGGUUUUUUUUUCGUGCUGACUGAAUGCAUGGCGUUACCAUACUCCUUUUCUCAGCUGAUCAAGGUGUAUAGCGAUGUGUUCAAUUAUGCCAGCAAAUGGCGGCAAUGCAAAACGGUACACGAAGAGCAGUCGUUAUUUCUCGCUCAUGCUAUCACGUACAUUUUUGUCGACUGUAUGCUCAUCGGUUUCCCUUUAUGGGCAGUUACAAAAUAUGUCAGAAUAGGCGUUGAGGCUGCCCAACUUCUCCCUGUCUUCUUAUUAGGCAUAUUCGCCGUCGUCGCUGGCAUCGUCAGGUUCGCCCUCAUCAGCACGACAGACUACAGUGUUAACGGGACGUAUAAAAUGGUUCCUGUCUCUGCUUGGACUGACGCCGAACUGCAUGCUGGUUUUUGGGUCGGAUGUUUACCAGCACUGCAAUACCUUCUACGGCGAGGAUCAUAUGCGAAGCGCUUGGGCAAAAGACCCGAUUCAACUUUCACUGCUGGUAAAGGUAGUAUGGCUGGGUCAACGGACGACUCGAAGAUGGGUAGCAUUUCUGGGUACCGGUCGAGUGCAUUCGGAAACGUCCAGUAUGAGGACGUCGGUGCCAAAUCUCAGGUACAUGCUGCUAGUGGGCAGAACGAGCAUCACAGCGGCCAAAGUAGACAUUUCGAAAUGGUUGACUUGGAAAAAGGUGACGAGGAGCAUACUUACAAGCAAACAAGCACUGCAAUCAACGUCCAAGUCACACUCAGUGAGACCAACCGACGUCUCAGCAGGGGAGAAGCAUAG